AUGACGAAAAAGUCAAUAACUUUAGAUGUCGAUCCAUCUAUAUUGGAGAAAAAUAUGAGAAUUAUAAAGGAAAAUCCGGUUGAAGAAGAAUUAAAUAAAUUGCUUUCUGCAGUUGAUACGGUCCCGUCAAAACUCGUAAAACCCAAACCAGGUUUCUGUGUAAAAACAUUCACAAAGCCUGACAAUAAAAAGAUUUUUGUGAACAUCUGUUUAACAGAUGCUAUACCAUGUCCAAAAGAUAUUACAAAUGAUGAAUUAAUGGUCAUUCUUAGCUCUGAAGAUCCAUCCUCUUAUAGAGUGCCUAUGAGCAUAGGUGAAGGACGUACAGAGCUAGAUAAAUCUGGAGCACCUGCAACUGUUUAUGAUGUUGCCAUAAACCCCCAGUUCUUUAGUAAAAUUGAGAAAGAUGACUUGUUCCAAACAUUCUUUCUAACAGUUGUGUUUGAAGGACUGCAAGAUAAAUACCAAUUUGAAAUUGAUUCUCAAAAAUUCUCAGUUUUAAAAAAUAGAAAAUCCAUUGGCACUCUUCAGUCACACCGAAUUCAAAUUAGAGAUAUAAAGGCUUGUGGAGAAGAAAAUAAACCGUUAAUAGAAGAGAUUGCCUCUAAACCACCGCCAAAAAUAGUUGAAAUACCCACACAGCCUAAGAAGGAAAUCAUUUACAGACUGAGACGUGAGCCUCCAACUGGAGAAAUAGAAUAUUUACUGGCAGAAUUUAUAAUCCCAGCAUUGGUAGAAUUGAAAGAUUUACACUUAGAAAUUGGGGAAGACCGACUUGUUCUUGACUCUAAGGGCCAGUUUGAGUUGGUUGAUUUCUUCCUGCCCUGCAGUGUCGAUCAAGAUGUCAUUGAUGCUCAACUUAAUAGAAAUGAUAAUAUACUGUCGGUGAAAAUGCCAGCAAUACAU